CUAACGAACACGUCACACUCAUCCCAGCCCCGGUAGAGACCAGACGUGUGGAACACACUCUCGUUCGUCGAUCGUGACAUAUCGAAUCGAGUGCCAACAGGAUGGAACAGUUUGUGGGCAAAUGGCGGCAGUCUACUAUGGACUUCGAGAAAAUGAAGGCACUGUAUGCUAAGAUGGGUGCACCUGAAGCUGCACUAGACGGGCAGAAAGAACACUGGAAGACAUCGUACAUAGAAGUGGCUGAAAACGGUACUCAUUGGAAGUAUGGCAAUGACAGUGCACCAGGUGGAGAUGCAACCGUGACGUUUGACAUGGCAGAGAAAGUGUGCAACCGCACCGGCAAGGGAGGUGUCAUAAAGAGCACCUUUGAGAUGAAGGGUGACACAGAAAUGGUCAUACACAACCCUAAUGGUCUCAAGUUGACCGCAAAGAUGGCUGGACACGAGAUGAAACUCACCCAGACUCUUGAUGACGUCAGCGUGGACACGGUGUACACGAAAUCGGAGUGAGAAACCAUCGGCAUCUAGUCAACCAUCAACAAAGGCCUGGAAUACUUGGCUUUUUGUUUCAUAUUUUACCUACGGUAUGGUUAGGGCAAGGAGCUUUUAUCAGGUA